UUAUUUAUUUAUUUAUUGAUUUUUGUUGUUGAUGAAAAAUAGCUCUCAAGUUAUGGAAUCAUGGUUCCUCGUAAACUGUGAACUUUGAAGAUUUUCAGUAACAACACUUUGUUUCAUUUCUCAAUGGGUAGUGCUCCUGCUAGAUACCCACUUGGAAUCUCUUUUCAUUCCCAAGAAGCUCUCCCUCGCAUAGUUGACUACUCAAUCUCCCAGUUCCCCCUUCAUGUGGACCUUUCAAGAGUUACCUUGUGCCCACGUUCUGCUUCAAAGGGAUUAGUUGAUCGAGUGUGUGCACUACCUGAUAUUGAUGAUUUCUACUGGGAGAAAUUUCCAACACCCAUUCUUGACACGGUUGAAAAUCCCAUUUGCUUGAAGAACUUGUCUCUUAAGGAACUGAAACAAUUAGCUGUUGAAAUCCGUUUGGAUUUGUCUUCUAUUAUGUUAGGUACACAAAUAUCACCGAAAGCAAGUAUGGCAGUGGUGGAGCUGACAGUUGCAAUACACCAUGUUUUUCAUGCUCCCGUAGACAAGAUUUUGUGGGAAAUUGGGGACCAAACGUAUGCACAUAAGAUUCUUACAGGAAGGCGAUCACUCAUGAAGUCAAUGAGACAAAAGAAUGGCCUUUCUGGUUUUACUUCGCGAUUUGAGAGUGAAUAUGAUGCAUUUGGUGCAGGUCAUGGAUGCAAUUGUAUUUCUGCCGGACUUGGCAUGGCAGUUGCACGGGAUAUUAAGGGGAGGCGAGAACGUGUAGUUGCAGUUAUCAGCAAUUUGACAACUAUGGCUGGUCAGGUGUACGAGGCAAUGAGCAGUGCAGGAUAUUUGGACUCAAAUAUGGUGGUGAUUUUGAAUGACAGCCGUCACUCUAUACUCCCAAAAAUUGAGGAGGGCCCAAAGACAUCUGUCAGUGCCUUAUCUAGUACCCUAAGCAGGCUCCAGUCCAGUAAAUCUUUCCGAAGAUUUAGAGAAGCUGCUAAGGGUGUUACGAAGCGAAUCGGUAGAGGUAUGCAUGAGUUGGCAGCUAAAGUUGAUGAAUAUGCUCGUGGUAUGGUGGGUCCCCUAGGUUCUACUCUUUUUGAAGAGCUUGGGUUGUACUACAUAGGCCCAGUGGAUGGACAUAAUAUUGAAGAUCUAUUAUGUGUUCUGCAAGAAGUAGCAUCCCUGGAUUCAAUGGGUCCUGUCUUGGUUCAUGUGAUAACGGAUGAAAAUCAGGGAGAAGAAAACAGUCAGAAAAGUGAUAUAACAGAUGGGCAGCAGGGUGAUUCUGUUAAAUCUGAUUCGUUAGAUUAUGCUGUUUGGCCUCGAACAUAUGGUGAUUGCUUUGUGGAGACUUUGAUUGCAGAAGCAGAGAAAGACAGAGAUAUUGUGGUUGUUCAUGCAGGAAUCAUGAUGGAACCAUCACUCAAACUGUUUCGGGAAAAAUUUCCAGAUAGGUUUUUUGAUGUGGGAAUGGCUGAGCAACAUGCAGUCACAUUUGCUUCUGGUUUGUCAUGUGGUGGGUUGAAGCCAUUUUGCAUUAUACCUUCCUCCUUUCUACAAAGAGCUUAUGAUCAGGUUGUCCAUGAUGUUGAUCAACAGAAAAUUCCGGUGCGUUUUGUCAUUACAAGUGCCGGAUUGGUAGGUUCUGAUGGUCCUGUCCAAUGUGGGGCAUUUGAUAUAACCUUUAUGUCAUGCUUACCAAACAUGAUUGUCAUGGCGCCAUCUGAUGAGGUUGAACUGAUGCACAUGGUGGCUACUGCAACCCAAAUCAACGAUAGGCCAGUUUGCUUUCGGUAUCCAAGGGGUGCACUGGCUGGGGAAGAACACACUAUAUGUGAUGGAAUCCCCAUUAAGAUUGGAAAAGGUAGAGUUCUUGUUGAAGGUAAAGAUAUUGCUUUACUGGGAUAUGGAUCAAUGGUUCAGAACUGCCUAAACGCUCAUUCACUUCUUUCAAAGCUUGGCAUUGAGGUGACUGUUGCUGAUGCAAGGUUCUGCAAGCCCCUUGACAUGAAGCUUCUGAGGCAACUUUGUAAACACCAUUCUUUCCUAAUUACUGUUGAGGAAGGAUCUAUUGGAGGAUUUGGUUCCCAUGUUGCUCAGUUCAUUGCACUUGAUGGACUGCUUGAUGGAAGAAUUAAGUGGCGACCAAUUGUGUUACCAGAUUGUUAUAUUGAGCAUGCAAUACCAAAUGAGCAGCUUGACCAGGCAGGGUUAACUGGACAUCACAUUGCUGCCACAGCCUUGAGUUUGCUAGGCCGUACCCGUGAAGCUCUCCAAUUUAUGUGCUCCUGAGACUCUUAUGCUUCGUUUCCUUUUGCAGAUAUGAUGAAUGGAAGUUGGAUAGCUGAAUAGGAGAAUCAAGAAUGCCUAGGGUUUACUGAUCUCUUUUUGUAUUUGUAAUCUUGUGUAGUUCUGCUUUACAU